AUGAACUUCUCGCACGGUACUCAUGAGUAUCAUCAAUCCGUUAUUGAUAAUACACGCAAAAGCGCUGAACUUUAUCCGGGUCGUCCUGUUGCGAUAGCGCUCGAUAACAAGGGCCCAGAAAUCCGAACCGGUACCAUGAAGGGCGGUGAAGAUAUCCCUAUCAGUAUCAAUCAUGAAAUGACAUUCACCGUGGACGAGGCUUUUAAGGACCAAUGUGACGACAAGAUCAUGUACCUCGACUACAAAAACCUGCCGAAAAUGAUCAAGUCAGGACGUCGCAUCUAUGUAGACGACGGCGUUUUGACCUUUGAGGUGCUCGAGACAACGUCGGACACAGAAGUUAAAGUCAAAGCAUGCAACAAUGGCAAACUGUCGUCACACAAGGGCGUCAACUUACCCGGUACAGAUGUGGACUUGCCGGCUUUAUCGGAAAAGGAUAAGGAAGAUUUACGGUUUGGCGUUGAGAACAAGGUCGAUAUGGUCUUUGCUUCGUUUGUCCGCCGUGGUCAAGAUAUUAAAGAUAUCCGUGAAGUACUGGGUCCCGAUGGAAAGCAUAUCAAGAUCAUUGCCAAGAUUGAGAAUCAUCAAGGAGUGCAUAAUUUUGACGAGAUUCUCGGUGAAACGGAUGGUGUCAUGGUUGCUCGCGGUGACAUGGGCAUUGAGAUCCCUAUCGAACGUGUCUUUAUCGCACAGAAAAUGAUGAUCACGAAAUGCAACUUAGUUGGCAAGCCCGUCAUCUGCGCAACUCAAAUGCUAGAAUCGAUGACGGUUAAUCCACGACCUACGCGUGCAGAAGUAUCGGACGUAGCAAAUGCCGUCUUGGAUGGUGCUGACUGUGUGAUGCUUUCUGGCGAAACGGCCAAAGGCAACUACCCGAUUGACUCUGUUAAGACCAUGCAUGACAUUUGCAACUUGGCCGAAAACGUGCUAUGCUACCCUGCAGUGUUCAACGAGAUCCGACAAUUGAGCAUCCUGCCUACGGAGACGCCCGAAACUGUUGCCUGCGCCGCCGUCAGUGCUGCCCAUGAGCAACGUGCUGGCGCAAUCAUUGUGCUGACAACGUCCGGCAACAGUGCUCGCUUGGUAUCGAAAUAUCGUCCUCAGGCCCCUAUCAUUGUGGUUACCCGCAAUCCAAUGACAGCUAGACAAGCCCAUCUGUACCGUGGAUGCUUCCCCUUCCACUACCCCAAACCGUCUUCCGCUGCUGCUCGCCUGUCGGCCUCCAGCACCAAUGCUGCUCUGCUGAGCCCUGCUGAAAUUGCUCCGUGGCAAGAAGACGUGGAUGCGAGAAUCAUGUGGGGUAUGGAGCAGGCUAUCAAGUAUAAGCUGCUCAAACACGGGGAUCCAAUUGUUGCUGUGCAGGGAUGGAAGGGAGGUUUGGGCAAUACAAACACUUUGCGCGUUCUCUUUACUCCAUAA